AUGGGUGGGAAAUACUCAUUGAAUACUCUUUGUAUUGCAGAAUCCCGAGAUGCGGGGUAUUCUUUUUUUGACAUUCCUGCGUCUCCUCCGCACACCGCUGCCGCGGGUGCGGGUGUAACGAAAGAGACGGUCGCGCCCAAGGAGCCUGUGGCCCCUUUUGUUGGGCCAGUUCGUGAUCCCCCUUUGGAGAAGACGGUGGAGGCGACUGUUGACCGGAUUUUUGAUACUGUGGACUCCUCUGACAAUCUAAUCUCUCCUGAUGAGGGUGAUGGAUUGAACUUGAGGUUUUCAGAUGCCGAGGCCGCGGAGAAGGAGAGCCGUUCUUCCAAGGCUCUGGAAGAGUUGAAUGCGGAGCGCAUUCGUUUGGAUAAGGUUGUUUCCAGCCUUCAGGCUGAGGUUCAGGCCCGGGCGGUUGCGGUUACGGACCUUACUGCCCGCGUGUCUGAUGCGGAGAAGCGAGCCGACGCUGCCGUUGAGGCCAAGGAUGUCUUGGUGUCCUCUUUUAACCAGCUGGAAGCUGACCGUGAGUGGCUGCGGACUCACGGCAUUGCGCGUAUUGUCGAGGCUAUAAUGAAUGCCCCUGAGACCUCAUCUGGAUUGGACCUGGUCAAGGAACGUGCGCGCGAGGCUGGCUUCAAGGCUGGUUUUAACCGCUGCAUUGGGCACAUCAAUGUACUAUCCGCAGGCGGUUAUACCGAUCAGGCAUCCGGGUUCCGUGAUGUGGAUACCGAGGGUCGUCUGAAAGCGGCCGUAGCCUCCUUUUACGAUACGCCCCUUGCCUGUGUAGGGGAGCUGGACGAGUGUUUGGAGGUUGCGGACUAUGUCGACCGCUUGCGGAUGCUUUAUCCGGAUGUGGAAGAGGCAGAACCCGCUGGUGGUGUCGGAGGCGACGCGGGGACCAGCGGUUCAAAAUAGGGUUUAGGUUGGCUAGUGUGCCUCCUUUUUUGUAUUCCUCUUGUAUAGAAUAGGAACUUUAUGUAAA